AUAAUGAAAAGGAAAAGUUCAGUAUAUUGUUCAAUAUUCAAGAUUAAAAGGCAAAUCUAAUCAAGUCUUUUAAUUAGCUUGUAAGUUUUCUUCUAUUUUAAAAGGAAUUAUUCAAUAUUUGAGAUUUGAGAAAAUACAUUCAAUUUUAAUAUCAAUUGAAAAGGUAUGCAGCAAAGGAUUGAAGGGUUCGUAAUAUUUCCAAACUUGAAGUAGAAUGCUCAAUAACGAAUCACCACAAGGAAUAUAUGCUCCUUUGAGCAGCCAGGGUAUGACAGAUUCUGAAAGUGAGGAAGAAAUUCAUAAUUCUGCACAUCAUAAUUUACCACAGCAUCAUUUACGCUAUCAGCAACAACAAAUAUCACAACAAUUUCAACAGCAGCAACAAUUAAAUCAGAGAACUUUACAAGUUAAUAUUUCUCCUUUACAACACUCUGACUAUCACCCUUGUUUGAGGAUGGGAGAGUUUCAUAAUCAAAAUUUUACUAGUUUUAAUUCAGACGGCGAAGAAAGAAAUCAAACAGAUGCCGACAAUGUGGCUAUUCUUGGUUCAAACGAUAAAAAUUCUCCAAUGAGUCCCAUUCGAAAAACAUGCUUUAUUUUAUCACUUAUACUUUGUUUUGGUACAGUUAUCGUAUUUUUGUGGGUUAUACCAUGCGAUGAAAAUGGAACUUGUCCUGCUCAAGUGGAUCGUAUAAAAACACAUAACUGGCGUAAUGCGUACGACAAAUUUGAAUUAAAAGGGAUGGUUAAUGUAGUUAAUGGAUUACGAAGUUGGGAGCGGAAUUUAAUUUUCAUGUACAGAUCAGACAAAUUUUUCGCAGAAUUCCAAACAAAUAAUCAUAAAAGAAACGGAAUAGUCUCUUUAAUAGGAAAUUCUGGGAAAAUCUCUUGGUAUCACGAAAUGGAAAAUGAGCCUGUUGCUAUAGAUUGCACUUUGAUUGAUAUAAAUCGUAGUGGAAAACCUGAUUGUUUAGUAUUAGAUGAAUAUGGUCAGCUUGGUGCAUUUGAUCCUGUAUGGGGAUUUUGGUUAUGGAAUUUCCGGGAUAAUGGAACAAAAAAAGUUGAUGUCUUAGAUUUCCCGGUGAUUUUACCGGAUUUAGAUGGAGACAAAGUUUUUGAUUUACUAUUUGCAACAACUAAUAAGGAAGAUGGAAAGCGUAAUUUACUUCGCAUUAUAUCAGGAAGGGUUGGCGCUCCUUUUGGAGAGGGACAUAAAAUAUCUGAUUGUAUGCAUAUUAGAAAAUUUCACUUAGAAGACAAAUCUAUCGUAUCAUUUAAUUGUAUUAAUAAUGGGACUGAGCAGCAGCGUUCAAAGUCUGUACUGAAAUUAUAUUCAAUGUUAACUAAUAAACAACUGAAAAAUAUAACAAAAGAACAGUCCAUUUCACAGCAUAAGUUGUAUGGUCAGCGAAAAGAUACGGAAGCACAGAGAAAUAUCUAUACUAUCAAAAACAAAGAAUUGGUUAUAGAAAAUCGGGGCAAAUGUCCAGAUGAUUGUAAUAUGACAGUAACUUGGAGCGAAAAAAAUGGAAAAAACCAUGUGAUAGGUUUUAUUAAUGGAUCCAGAAUGUAUGGAAUGGUUCCAGCUCAUUGGUCUUUUAAAGGUGUUAAUGGAAAUCCAGAACUUUGCGGUUUUGUUAUGAAGUUUUGGGAAUGGAGUCAACAUAAUCCAAAUCAUUCUAAAUACUUAAAUGAAGCACCGCCUUAUCAAACUCGCCAAAAACGAAACGAAAAUUAUCAACAAAAUUCAUAUGAUAAUUAUGCUGAUGAAUAUAAUAUAUUUGAUCAUUUGAUAGACAAACGUUCAACCUACAAUUUGCCAUCAGAAAAUAGUAGAACUGAACGUAGUAUAGCAAAUACAACUAAACAAAAAACAAACGUAUAUCUUAAUUAUAAAAUGCGUCUGGUAAAAGAAAAAGUUGUAUUAAUUGUGUUCAAUUCAGCUGAUACUAGAAUUGAAAAUGUUAGUCAAAGUAACAUUGUACAAUUUUGUCGAAAUGAGAAAUUAGAAAUUAUUUGUCAGCCGGAUUUGAAUAAUCAAGAAAAUUCUUUAGUAAUCGCAGAUCUCGAUCAAGAUGGAAGUCAAGAACUGGUAUCGUAUUAUACCACUUUUACUAAUAAGGAAGCUGAAAAUGGGAAAAACUGGAAACUUAAAACAUAUGUUACAUUAUUGAGACUUGAAUCCGAAUUACCAACACUUUAUGAAGAUUUUAAGCGUCAUUGAAAAAAGUUGUUCAUUUUGUGAUUUAUUUUAAAAACUGAUUUUAUUUUAAAAUUAAUUGAACUUUAUAAGUAAUUUAAAUUUAGAAAAGUACUUAUAUAUACAUACUUAUAUGUAUAUGUAUAUAUGAAACACGAUGCUAGUCAGAUAAUAUAAUGAAUAUAAGCACUUAAGAAAUCAUACAUACAUAUGUAUAUUGGAUAGCAUGUACAUGUGUGUAAAAUAAUUUAGAAUAAAUAAAAUUUAUUACUUAU